GAAGAAUCAUUCAACACCUCCACAAUUGUGCGACCAACACCACCAUGGCCUCCAGCGAUAGCAACACGAACCAUUUUAUCAUCCAAUAUGCUCAGUAAAGCUCUCGUGAAAGACAAAUAUCUGCGAGGGAUAAGAGCUCGAAUUUAUAGUGAAGACUUGGUCCGCAUAGUCCUCAUGUCAUGGCCGCUCCACUCUGCGAUACGAAAAUUGCCUUUUUGGGAUUAGGUUCGAAGCGCCUGUUGCAGCGCCGAGACCUAGGCUAGAGUUACCGAGUGACAACGGGGUACUGAGUACGACCAUCAAAUACGUACGCAUUUCAAUGCCUGCAGUUCUCGCUUAGACCACCCUCAAAAGCCCAAUGGAUAUCACGCCCGGGCUGAGGAAAUUUCGGAUCAGUUCCGCACCAAAGAGACAGUCCCAACAGCAAGGCUUGUCUCGAAAGUCUCAUACCAAGUCCCGUGGAGGCUGCCAAGCGUGCAAGAGCAGUAGAGUCAAAUGCGAUGAGAUUCGCCCCAGCUGCCGCAGAUGCUGCCAACGCCGGACGCUGUGCGUGUAUGGUGACCCUCGUGCUGCCCACAGUCAGGCUAGCUUGGAAGAUCACGAGCCUGUCUGGUCAGGCUAUGUGACAGGCAAUCAUAGUCAUGUCAACAACUGCUUGAAUCCCAACGGACCCUGGCUUCCUGGUGGAAUAUCGCCAACACCCAGAUCGAUAUAUCUUCUACGGCAUAUUGACGGCUGCCUUGAUGCAACAUUGACGUCUGAAGUUGGAAGGGAGAUAUUCAAACAGUUUCUGCUGCCCAACUGCGCAUCCAUCCCAAUGCUUCAUAGUGCUCUCCUAGCACUUUCGGCUCGACAUCUGCAGCAUCUGCAGCCUGCAAGCACCGAGUACCAGAAGGCGUGCUGGCUUCAUACACAGACAGCAACACGCUUGCUUAGGGAAGAGCUCGCGCAGCAUCCGACAGCGUUAAGUAAGCUAGACGCUGUCUAUGCCACCGCGCUUCUCCUAAACAUGAUCUCCUUUGCUUCGCAUGAGAGACCGCCAUCCAGAUCUUGGGUAUUUCAGCCCACUGCAGCGGCUAGGGUCAACAACCUCAGCUGGCUGUCCGUACAAUGUGGACUAGGCUACUUAGCAAGAAUGAUGCAACAGAACCCGCAGCAAGGCUUCUGGCGUUUGAAAAAUGAAAGACAGAAGCGGCUUGCGUUGGAAGCCCCGCCCGCUACUCGGCGGGAUCUGCCUUUGUCUCAGACUCUGCGAUGUGCGCUGGAAGAUCUAUGUGAUGUCACUACCAGUAGCCUUCCGGACAACAACCCGUAUUAUAUGCCCUUGAGCGUCAUCGCUCCCAUGCUGCAGCAAAAUGAAUCAAAUGCCCACGGCACUAACUCAUUGCUGUCAUUCGGGCCUAAGAUAUCUGCAGCAUACCGGAAUCUUCUGCUUGAGCGAGAUGAACGGGCGCUGCUGCUCCUGAUGUUGUGGUUAAAGCUUCUCUGCCAAGCAGACGUCUGGUGGAUCACUGACCGCGCCUAUCAAGAGUUUCUGGCUCUCCGACACGUGUUGAGCUGCAGUGCCGAUCUCCGAGUACAAAGCAUACUCUCCCUUUGCGAACCAAGCCGUGACAGAGUUUCGGUUACGCUUUUCACUUGAACUGAUUGAGAGAAUCUCAGAGGAUCACCAUGAAGGGGAUGCUCACACCAGUGCAGCAAGUCGCUGGGACUGGUGUGCUUGGCAAAUCAAUGAAACACAAAGCCCACAGCUCAUUACUCCAAUGUGACCGUGAUCCAAGUGACUCAGCUUCCCUGGAAUCAAAAAGCUU